AUGAAGGCUUAUGACGGGUCCGGCAGGACAUUUAGCCGCCAACACAGCUCACAAGCGUUCCACGUCGUGUUCAUAUCGACGCCGUCACUCACAAAUUACGACCGUCUGGACAGAGGUUGGUAUCGGCGCCUGGACGCACCUAUACCUCGUCUGGCCAGGUGGAUCCGCCGCAUUAUCCUUCAAGUGAAGACGUUACUCUUAGAAAUCAAAAUCAAUGUCAUAUACUGUUACCCAGACGUCAUUUUCAAGUUCAACACUAGACAUUCAUACAUUCAUGCCAUUAUUGAACGCGUACUGCCUGACGAGAUUUUCCUGAGUGCACAUGCAAUUACUACUCCACGUGAGUCCAUCUUAUUUUUUACACAUGCUCUCACACGCACUCCAUUAAAAUGGCAUGAGUGGUACACGUACACAUCUGAUUUGAGAUCAAUUAAUGGUUCAGAAAUACAAAAGGGAAACCUGCAACUAAGAACAAAAAGAAAAAAAUGGGAACCAGUAUUUAACAAACCUGAACCUGUAAACCCAGUGGAAGUGACGACGGUGUCCGAAUCCGUUGAUGCCCGGGAUGGGAACUGGGUGAAGAUUGGCGUUUAUAAACUACUACAAGAAUGGCUCAACAAUCCCUCAGACAACCUCGGGCUGGUAGUCACUGCAAAUGACUCCGAAGGCCGACGGGUAGCAGUCACGAAUCCCGUGGAGAAUCCCUCUAAUGCGCCGUUGCUGGAGAUCCACACGGAAGAGAGCAGAAGGAACCGCAACAGAAGGAACUCCAGCCGAAACCAAUGUACUACCAGCCAGAUCGAAUCCCGCUGCUGUCGGUAUCCACUCCUUGUCAAUUUUGUUGAAUUAGGUUGGGACUUCAUUGUUGCCCCUAAGGUAUAUGAAGCUAACUUUUGCAAUGGCGAGUGCCCGUAUCUAUACGCCCACAAGUAUGCCCACAGUGCGUUGAUUCAGAAGAUGAAUAGCACCAAUGCCAAACACGGUCCGUGCUGUGGUGCGCGCAAGCUCUCUCCGAUGAAAAUGCUGUAUUACGAUCAUGAUCAUAAAAUCAAAUUUGAUACCAUCCAAGACAUGGUUGUAGAUCGUUGCGGAUGUUCUUAAUCUAUUAUUCAUGCUGUGUCUUGCAGUUCGCUUUAAUAUGUUUUUUUUCGAAACUGCCAGCAAAAAUAUAAGAAAAAUGAAAACAAAAAAGGUCGACAGGGAGAGAAAUAAGUGUUAUUCAAGCAUACAGUUCAUAUUACUAAAAGGCACCCUAAUCAAUGUAUUCUGUAAUCUUGAUAAUUUCAACACCAAAUUAUCGACGCCUUUCAAUAAUGUUUUAAAUUUUGAAUGAUAGCUGUAGUAGGAAAUGACAACAUCAAAUUUCUCAAGUGGAUAACUGAAUCGCCAUUAAUAUGUAGUCCGUAGAGUCCAAAUCGCACACGAAGACGCUGAAAGAGUGACGCUUUUAAACUAGUAAAUUUAUUUCUGGAAGAAAAAUGAAGUUAGUUAUUCAACAGGCGUAUGGCAUUAAGACACUGGGUAUCACAAUAAUUAAACACAGAUGUCAGUAAAGAUAUAAAUAUGGUAGUGCUAUGUAUAUUACAUAAACAAUGAGUAAGAGGACCAAAGCAAGCCCUAAAAUAUUAACAAUAACAAAGGCCAACAAUACCACGUAGGAAAAUACAAGAAUAUGCAUCAAGCCACCCUCCAAAAUGCUAUUAAAGUAGAAUUCUAGAUUUCAAAAAUAGAAUUGGGAAAUUGAAAGGGGUGUUAUUUAUUAAAUGGUGGAAUUUUUACAAAAAUACAAAAAAAAAUGAGUUAUAUGACUCUAUAAAGAGAAUUAUUGAAGAUGACAUAACCCUAUUGGUAAUGGGACCACAUGGACCGCUGAAAUAUCGGGACCACUUGAACCAACAGGGUAAUGGGACCACUUAAGAGUUCUGUAACCAUAGUAUUGCAAUCUUAGAGAAUUGGGGCCACGCGGAACUCCUAUAGGUAAACACCAAAAAUCCCUUGAAAUUACUACGAAAAUUAUUAAAAUCCAUCUUUGAACGUAAUGGAUAUUAGUUAACUGAAAGCUGCCAAGUAUUCAGCAGCUCUGUUUAUCACAAUGUUGAAAUGUACUUAUCUAUGCGCAAGACGUCUUUACGCUUACGAUGUGUUGAACAAGAAUCAGAAUCAUGCAUCGUAACAGGGAAUAUUGCGUUAAUCUCGCUCGCUCGUUAUAUGUUAUACUAACUAGAAGAAAUAUGUUUACUAUUGUUUCCAGUAUGAUUUAUCAUUCAUAAAUAUAUACGUACAUAUAUGUAUAUGCACAUAUACGUGUAUAUGUAUAUAUACUGUAUAUGUGUUAUACAUAUAUAUAUACAUUAUAAACAUAUAAAUCUUAUACAUGUAAAUUAUUUACACUUCAUAUAUAUAUACUAUAUAUACACUCACAU